CUACAUGGGCUCUCAUACCUUACCUGGAUGUACGAGAAUGGCAUGAACUGCAUUCUGGGCGACGAGAUGGGCCUCGGGAAGACUCUGCAGACGCUCUCCUUGCUGGCACACGUGAAGGAACGCGUCAAGGGACGCGUCGAUCCACAUUUAAUUGUGUGCCCCCUGUCCGUCGUGGAGACGUGGCUGAGCGAAAUUCGCCGCUGGGUGCCUUCCUUCAAAGCAAUGCGCUUCCACGCCCAGGAAAGCGAGCGCAAGCGACUGAAGGACGCGGUGCGCACGGGCGAGAUCGAAUUUGACAUCUGUGUCGUGACAUACGAG